AUGCCGGAAACUGAAAUGAGUGGUUUGAAAGAACUUUUAAAGAAACGCAGUACGAUUAAAGGUCGUUUAACUAAAUUUAGAGAAUAUAUAACGGUUUUAAAUCAAAUUAAACCUGCAGAUUUAACUGGUGCUCAAGUUAAAGAAAUUUCAUUGAGAUUAAUUAAAUUCCAAGAGUUGUUUACUAGUUUUGAUGAAUUGCAAGAUCAAAUUGAACUUUUAAGUACCGACCAGGAUGAACAAAUUAGAGAAAGAGACUUCAUAGAAUCUCAAUUUUAUUCUUUGAUAUCGACUGCGCAGGAAAUAAUCGAUUCGAUUUCUCAAAGCAGGGAUCGAGCCGAGGGUUCGGUAAAUUCCAAGCCAUCAGGCACUUGUUCUCAUGCUCUUAAUACAAUCAAAUUGCCCACGAUUAAACUCCCGAAUUUUGACGGGAACUACUUAAAAUGGCUGGAAUUUAGAGAUACGUUCGACUCGUUAAUUAAUUCUAAUGAUACUAUACCUACGAUAAACAAAUUCCAUUACUUGAGGUCUGCUUUAGAAGGCAGUGCUACUGUUGUUAUAAAAUCCAUAGAAUUUACCUCUGCGAAUUACAGGGUUGCGUGGGAUUUAUUAUGUGAAAGGUAUAAUAAUAAAAAUAUUUUAAUAAACAAUCAUCUAAAGGCAUUGUUCAACAUCGAACCUAUAACGCGAGAGUCUUACAAGGCUUUGCGUUAUCUUAUUGAUCAAGUAUCUAAAAAUUUAAGAGCACUCGGAACGUUAGGCUUACCUACUGAGCAAUGGGACAUUUUGGUUAUAUUUAUGAUGUCAUCUAAAUUAGAUAUUAAUACAAAUAGAAAAUGGGAGGAAUACAAAGGUAACCUCUCCGAUUUACCUACGUUACUUGAAUUUAAGACUUUUCUUCGUAAUCGCGCGGAUGUGUUAGAAACCACUCAAGGUACCCGCUCGGAUAAACACACCCAUGACUACAAGUCUAAUUAUAAGUCACAACAAUCUUCUAAAUCAUUAGUUGCUGCUAAUACGGAAGUGUCAAAACGGAUUGUAUGUAGUAUAUGUAAGAAGGACCACCGUGUGUAUUUGUGUCCCGUCUUUUUAGAAAUGAGCUUGGAGGACAGACAGAGUGAGGUAAAUAAAUUAAAAUUAUGUUCAAACUGUCUCCGCGAAGGGCACAAUGCGCACAGGUGCCGUUUAAAGGGUUGUUGUAGGUCAUGCAAGGGGAAACAUAACAGUUUACUCCAUAUAGAAAUUGCAGAGGUUUUGAAGGCUGCACCCGUCUCUUUGGCAAUAGCUGGCGCAAAAGAAGUGCUACUGUGUACCGCUCUUGUAGAUAUAGUUAAUCCACAGAACAAUAGCUGUCAAAGGGCUCGAAUAUUAUUAGAUACUGGGAGUCAAUCCUGCUUCAUGACUACUAAUUUCAAAAAUAAAAUGGGUUUAUCUGUAAAUCGAGUGAAACCUGUAAACGUAUCGGGUAUAAAUAAUAUCGGUUUUGAUAUAUCUGAGCGCUGCUGUGUACAGUUAAAUUCUAGAGUAUCUUCCUUUACGGCUAAGUUGACAUGCCUCAUUGUACCUAGGAUUACCGGUAGCGUGCCUAAUAACAAUAUUGAAUUGCAGAACUUGAACUUACCAUUAAACAUCGAGCUGGCCGACCCUGCAUUUUAUCAACCAGCUGAUAUUGACAUACUUAUAGGCGCAGAUGUCUUUUGGGAUAUUAUAGGUACGCAGCAGAUCAAGUUAGGUCAAGACAAGCCUACGUUGCUAGAUUCGAAACUGGGGUGGCUCGUGUCUGGCCCAGUAGGUAAAAGUACUUGUAACGAUAAUUUUAUGUGUAAUUUUACUCAAUUAGAUAUUUAUGAAAGUAUGAAAAGAUUCUGGGAAGUAGAAGAGUUACCUACGACCAAAGAUAAUUUAUUCUCUGUAGAAGAGCAAUUAUGUGAAACUCAUUUUGUAAAUAACACUUCAAGGUUAAGUAAUGGUAGAUUUUCUGUUAAAAUGCCGUUUAAAGAAUCACCCGAAGAUUCUUUGGGUUGGUUAAACACUCAAUCCCGAAAUUUAAAAACCUUUGUUUUAAACAGGGUAAUCGAAAUAAACGAUCUUACUAAGGGAUUCGCAUGGAUGCACGUACCAACAGAUCAGAAUCCUGCUGAUUUAGUGUCCAGAGGGAUUGACUCGCAGCAGCUUCAAGAUUCUACUUUGUGGUGGCGAGGUCCUUCCUUCUUAGCGAAGGAAGAAUCUGAGUGGCCUAUUCAAGGGUCCUUUGCAACUAAUAAUUUACCAGAGUUAAAAGUAUUUACAUGUACGAAAGUGGACACUAAAAGUAAUAACUGUUCACUUGUAAAAUUCGAAAAAUAUUCUCGAUAUGAUAAAUUAAAGAGGAUCGUAGCUUAUGUCUUAAGAUUUAUAAAUAAAUGUCGUAAAAAUGCUGUAAGUAAUGAUGUAAUUGAACCUGAGGAACUGGAGAACUCGUUAAUGUUGUUAGUUAAGCAAGCUCAGUUAGAAUCGUUUGCUAAUGAACUUUAUACUAUUGCUAAAGAUAGAAGUUUGCCUCUUAAGUCUAAAUUACUGCCUUUAGAUCCAUUUAUAGAUACGUUAGGAAUUCUCCGAGUAGGUGGUAGGUUGCAAAAUUCAAAAUUUGAUUUCAAUAAAAAGCAUCCUAUUUUAUUAGACGGCAAACAUCAUUUUUCUAAAAUACUCAUGAGGCAUGAACACUUUCGUUUACUUCAUGCUGGUCCACAGUUAUUACUAGCUGCGGUACGCGAAGAGUUUUGGCUUAUCGGGGGCAGAAACUUAGCUCGCAGCGUAACGAGAAAGUGCAUUGUUUGUGCGCGUAUGCGUGGUCAAGUGAUAAAACCUAUAAUGGGUACUUUACCGUCUGUAAGAGUAUCCUCAAGCUUCGCUUUUGAUACUUGCGGAAUUGAUUUCGCUGGGCCUUUUUUAAUUGCUAGCAAAAAGGGUCGUGGCAGUAAUAUAACCAAAUGUUUCCUUGCACUGUUUGUUUGUCUUCAAACAAAGGCUCUGCACUUAGAGACGGUGAGUUCAAUGUCUAGCGAUGCUUUUCUUCUUUGCCUACGCAGGUUUGUGUCUCGACGGGGCAGACCUCAAGUAAUUUACUGCGAUAAUGGUACUAAUUUUGUGGGUGCAAAGAAUGAAUUAGGUAGGGUUCUUAAAGCCAGCCGUCAGUCCGUGUCCGAUUACGCAAGCGCUGAAAAGAUUAAGUUUGUAUUCAGUCCCGCGUACGCGCCUCAUUUCGGAGGAAUCUGGGCUGGUAUUAAGUCAGCAAAGAGCCAUUUAAAACGUGUAGCAAGCAAUGCUUCUCUGACGUUUGAGGAACUAGCGACGCUUUUUACCCAAAUAGAAGCAAUCCUUAAUUCCCGCCCGCUAUCUCCUCUUUCGUCAGACCCCACUGAUCUAUAUCCAUUGACUCCAGGACACUUUUUGAUUGGGCGACCUCUGAUGUCGGUGCCGUCACUGCCUGUCACCACUAAAAGGCCUAACAGAUAUGAGUUUAUUGAGCAGCUGAGACAACACUUUUGGGAGCGUUGGCGCAGGGAGUUCAUCGCUGAGCUCCAGCAACGAACGAAAUGGCGAACUCGGCAGCGUGACCUUCAAAUCGGCGACAUGGUUGUCCUGAAAGAAGACCAAUUACCUCCACUACGAUGGCGCCUUGGGCGCAUUACUCGAUUGUACCCUGGUCCAGAUGGCAUAAACAGAGUAGCAGAUAUCUUCACAGCAAAAGGAACUAUGAGAAGAGCAUUCAAUAAAAUAUGCCUUCUUCCAACAUCUCCGGACGCCUAA